AUGUCAUCGCAUUCUAGGCCAAACUUCAAGCUCCACGCCGAGGUGGACAAGGUGACAAGCAGAUAUUACCCAUUAUCAUUUCGUAUCGUAUUCCUUGACCUCCCUUCCUCACACUUUGCUUUGUGGUCACCUCACACUCGUUUUCCAGCCUACACUCACUUCAGUCACUCAUUCGCCAUGAAGCAGGGCCCCAUCUUGCUGUCAGGUCUCACCUGGCUCCAAGUCGCAGCAGCGGCAUGCUGUCGCAGCAACAAGUGUCUCAAGGCCGUCGUCUCCUCGGGUCUUGAUGGACUCCAAGAUUGCUCUACCAACUUGGCUGUGACCGUCACGCCAGCCCAGAGCACCGUUACCGAGACCGUCACUCAGUUGCCCACUGAGCACAACACCUUUGUCCACACGGCCUUCUUCACCGAGACUGUCACCACGACCGCCGAGACUAAAACUGAACUUUUCACCCUUCAGACCACCGUCACAGAUGCUACUUACACUCAGCUCAUCACCAACACUGAGACUGUGGUUGUUACCGAGACAGCCCAACAGACCGUCACGGCAACGAACACCGGUGCUGCCUAUCCAGUCAAGGCACGAGGCGACACCCUCCUGGCCCCCGAGCCCGAGCCUACUUCUUCAUUGUCGGGUUCUGAGCCAUCCGCCAUCCCAGAGUACGCCUCGGAACAAUGCCCAUCUUGGGAGGCCUACGUGAAGGCUUGCAGCUGUGCCGGUGUAGAACCCACAACCGUCACGGCUGAAGCUCCAUCCGCGGCCACGGAGACAGUGUCAUACACAGCGGACCCCAUCACCGUCUCUGUGCCAACCACACUGUCUGUCACCGACACCGUCUACGUCUCUUUGACCGAAACCACUGCCGCCACCGAUGUCGAGACAGUCUUUGAAACGGCCACAACCCAAGUCACUCAGACAGUUUCUGCCCACACCACCGUUACAGUCACGCAGACCACAACCACAGUGCUCCCCGCUGCAACAUGCUUACCGCCUUCCCAGGUAAAGGCAUUUAGAGGGUUGGCCACUGACUACGGUGGACAGACCCUCGCUAUGUAUGCUAACAUGCUCAACGCCUUGUCGGGCGGGAUGAUUUGGCAACCCCCUUCCACAUCCACGUCAACGUCGGUACAAUACAAAUACUUUUUCAAGCUCGACGACCAAGGACGCGUGGUUCUGGCCAAGGGAAUUCCGCCCUACUCCUACACGUAUGCUCUCUAUGUAGCAACAAACUCGAAUGGGGGUCUUUGGCCACAAGUCAACACAAAGGAUGCCAUCCAGAACUCGAUCAACGCCGGGGGUUCGGUCGCAUUCGUCAAGGGGUGCGUCAACUCUGUGACAGGAGAACUAACUUUGGACGCUGCGGGACGCAAGAAUAUUCUCUGGUGCGGACAGCAGAUGUGGAUGUCUACUGGGAAUGGGGAGGAGAUCAACCGCGGCACAUGUACCGUCAUGCAUCCCAAGGCCACGGAAAUCGAGGCUUCCUGGGGAUAA